AUGGACAAGUGGGUGAGAAGGCAUUAUGAUUUGGAUUUUCAGAUGCUCAAAUCUUCAGUUGCUUUGGGCUUUCGCAGGAUCCAUAGCUCUAAACUGGACGCGCCAAAGAAGCAGCAAAAAGACCGCCGCUUCGUUUUGGUAAUACCUGCUACGUCGCCAAGUCCGGAUCUAUGCAAGACAAUAGUAACGGCGCUCGCUCUUGGCUAUCCAAGUCCGAUAAUCAUCAACUGGGGAAUCGACUAUCGUGCGAUAACAAAGUGGGAGGGCGGCCAAAACCUCCCUAAAAUCCCAGGAUUCGUGAAAUAUCUCGAUGCAGCAAUGCAUCCGGAAGCCCACCCGGACGAGAAGCUAGAGGAAGACGACCUUGUGCUUAUGGUUGAUGCCUACGACGUCUGGUUCCAACUUCCUGCAGACCUUCUCCUGAAAAGAUACCAUGAGAUCAACAAGAGAGCCAACAUCAGACUACAGCAGCAGUGGGACAGAGAUGAGCCUGUUCCCAUGCGACAGACCAUCAUUGCAGCGUCUGGAAAAAAUUGCCACCCACAACCAAACUCGGGCUCCAACAUGCACUGCGAAAGAUUGCCUGAUAGCCCAUUGAGAGCAGACCUGUAUGGUCCAGACACGGAAAAGGAUGCAAACAAGCACCGGGAUCAUCGACCAAAGUACAUCAACGGAGGUGUUUAUAUUGGCCCAGCAGGUGACAUGAGGCGCCUGUUUCGUCGUGCCGCACAGAAAAUGGAAGCAGGCCUGAACCAAGGUGUCCACUUGUUCAGCGAACAAGGCAUUCCCGGAGAAGUGCUGGGUGAGCAAGAGGUCUGGCGACAAUGGCGGCGAGCAAGCAAAGAAGUCAUCCAAGACAGUGACGCAAAAUUUCUAAUGGAUCGGGAUUUUGAGUAUCACUUUGGGCUCGACUAUAAUCAAGAGCUGUCCAUCCAGACCUAUUGGACAGAUACUGACGACGGGCUGUUUGAUGGAGCCUUUGUUUUACUAAACAACCAGUCUGCUAUUGAUGCACACUCCGAAGCAUUGGGCAUAUCCCCUGUGCGACUCCAAGGUGUUCCAGAGGAUAUCGAGUCGGCAAGGAAUCCGCUCGCCGACGUGAUUGAGUCACCAGACUGGGGAGAGAUGGAGCUGUAUGCCGACUUUUUCACCGAGUCCGUUCCUGCCAUAGUCCACCACAACGGGUUCAAAGAGAGACGAACCUCUUGGUGGGACAAGCCUUGGUUCCACCAGCACUUGCGGAAACUACUUGCCUUCCAUAUGGCGCCUAGGAUACCUGAAGAGCCGUUGGCGACGAUAGAGGCUGAGGACGGUGGCGUCAAAUAUUGGGCUACAACAGCAGAGAAGUUGGAUAGAAGGCCACGAUUAAUGGGCGACUCGGCUCAAGCUCUCUUGAAAAAGGUUGGGUUCCAAGAUAUUUGUCAGUAUUUGGAUGAUUCACUACGUCUGCCGGGCGAUCACUGGUGGGAUGAAGUCUUUCGCGAUGCAGGAGGGCCAUUCAGUUGAGCUAUUAUACUUGUCCCACUAAGCGUUUCAAGGAUGUUGUCUAAAAUUAAUAUAUAUAUCUUU